CCGAGCGCCCUGCGCCCUGGCACCAUGCGCCCCGCCGCGCCUCCUCGCCAGCCCCAGGCUUCACUCUCUGCUAGCUGAGCCCCUGCGCUCGCCACCACGGAAACUCGCCGAGAGGGGGCGAGACACUGGAGAGACGCGCGGAGACGGACCCAGACUUCCCCUCCGCCCCCAAGAGGCAGCCGGGCCCUGGUUUCCUUGGCUUUCCUAGCUUUAUCAUGAACCUGGCGCAAGCUUGGCUUUAGGAGAGAUUAAGAAGCCGGAGGGGGAGUCAAGACAAUUCUUUGGUUGCUAAGGGUGAGCGAAGAUAUUCAGAAUGGCUCAGGGAUCCGGGGAUCAAAGAGCAGUGGGGAUUGCUGACCCGGAAGAGAGUUCUCCAAAUAUGAUUGUCUACCGCAAAAUUGAAGACAUCAUUACAAAGAUGCAAGAUGACAAGACAGGGGGUGUGCCCAUCAGAACAGUCAAGAGCUUUCUCUCCAAAAUCCCCAGUGUCGUCACAGGUACUGACAUUGUGCAGUGGCUGAUGAAGAACCUUUCCAUUGAGGACCCAGUUGAAGCAAUACACUUGGGGAGCCUUAUAGCUGCCCAGGGCUACAUCUUUCCAAUCUCAGACCACGUUCUCACCAUGAAGGAUGAUGGCACCUUUUAUCGUUUCCAGGCCCCGUACUUCUGGCCCUCGAACUGCUGGGAACCUGAAAACACUGACUAUGCCAUCUAUCUCUGUAAGAGGACAAUGCAGAAUAAAGCAAGGCUGGAAUUGGCAGAUUAUGAAGCAGAAAACUUAGCAAGACUCCAGCGGGCCUUUGCAAGGAAGUGGGAAUUCAUCUUUAUGCAAGCAGAAGCACAAGUGAAGAUUGAUCGGAAAAAGGACAAGACAGAAAGAAAAAUUUUGGAUAGUCAGGAGCGAGCCUUUUGGGAUGUCCACAGGCCAGUGCCAGGUUGUGUGAACACAACAGAAAUGGACAUUAGAAAAUGCCGGCGUCUGAAGAAUCCACAAAAAGUUAAAAAGUCAGUGUAUGGCGUGACUGAAGAAUCCCAGUCACAAAGCCCUGUGCACAUACCCGCCCAGCCAGUCAGGAAAACGACAAAAGAGGACAUCCGGAAGCAGAUAACAUUUUUGAAUGCGCAGAUUGACAGACAUUGUUUAAAAAUGUCCAAAGUGGCUGAAAGCCUUAUUGCUUACACGGAACAGUAUGUGGAAUACGACCCUUUGAUAACACCAGCUGAGCCUUCCAAUCCCUGGAUCAGUGAUGACAUCACUUUAUGGGACAUGGAGAUGAGCAAAGAGCCCAGCCAGCAGAGGGUAAAGAGAUGGGGCUUCUCUUUUGACGAGAUACUGAAGGACCAGGUGGGGCGGGACCAGUUUCUCCGAUUCCUGGAGUCUGAAUUCAGUUCAGAAAACCUCAGGUUCUGGUUGGCUGUCCAAGAUCUCAAGAAACAACCCCUGCAGGAUGUAGCCAAGAGGGUGGAAGAAAUCUGGCAAGAAUUUCUGGCUCCAGGGGCCCAAAGUGCAAUCAACCUGGAUUCUCACAGCUAUGAGAUAACCAGUCAAAACGUCAAAGAUGGAGGGAGAUACACUUUUGAAGAUGCACAGGAACACAUCUACAAGCUGAUGAAGAGUGACAGCUAUGCCCGCUUCCUCCGGUCAAAUGCUUACCAGGACUUGCUCUUGGCCAAGAAGAAGCCAGAAAAUGAGCAAGGUCGUAGAACUUCCCUAGAAAAGUUCACUCGCAGUGUGGGAAAGUCACUGGUGGGCAAGCGUCUCACAGGCCUGAUGCAGUCCUCCUGACAGUCCCAGCCACAGGGCCGGGGCCUACAGACCACCCGGGCAGGCGGCGACGCUCUACAUCUACGGAGAGAGCAUCCUUACAGGGAGAGCUGGUCACUGUGAAAGAG